AUGGUUAUGGCCAAGCGUCUCCCAUACCGAGAGUCCUUGGUUUCCCAAAUUCAUAGAGGUAGCUUCUCACAAGGCUCUUGGAUUGGGGAAAUGCAGCAGGCUUCAGAUAAAUCGGUGAUAAUUAGUGAAAUUCUCGACCCAAGGACUAAAAAUCUAUUGUCCAUGUCAAAGAUCAGUGAUUAUGUUCUAUCUAAUGAACUUGUCAGUAUGGCAUUGGCCAUGGUUGCAGAGGAUCGCCAAAUCAAUGAUGUAUUGGAAGAGCUUUUUGCAGAAGAGGGAAAUGAGAUGCAUAUAAGGCAAGCAGAUCUCUACCUUCAUGAAACUGAGGAACUGAGUUUCUUUGAAGUACUCUUGCGUGCCCGACAAAGGAGAGAGGUUGUGAUUGGUUACCGUUUGGCUAAUGCAGAGAAAGCUGUCAUCAAUCCCCCGGCCAAAAGUGAGAAAAGGAGGUGGUCAUUGGAGGAUGUUUUUUUGGUAAUAGCUGAGAAAGAAUGAGAACUUCUUAUUCUGCAUCUCAUUAAGCACCCAGUUACUGGAACGAUGAUUGCAAUAUUGACAAUCAGAUUUAGAGAAUCAGAGUUCUUCCAAUUUCCAAGCAAGACUGUUUCUGCGUCAACAUGCUCAAGAAACAAAGUCCCAAGCAGACCUUCCAUGUCAAAAUUUACUUUAAAGUUAUGGCAUGUUGUUCAGAUAUUUUGGAUAACAACAUGGCUACAAUUGGGGAUCAAGAUAAUUUUGGGCUUCAUGUGCUGCUUCAUAGAUCAUACCUGACGCCCUACACCAUCACGUGGAAUCGUUCCUCUUGAUACUAUUAAUGCAGAUAGAAUUCAACAGGAGGAUAACCUUCUGCCAAAAAUUUGAUGCGCCAAUGAGCUAAGGCAAGUUAUGUAUCAUUUAAAUGACAGCUUUUCUUUUAUGGAUGUAAAUAGAUCAUGGUUUUGUUGGUCAAUAAAAUGAG